UGAGGACUAGUCGUUGCUCGACGGGAGAUCAGGCACGAUGAUUCCAGCUGUGGCGUUAAUUUUAGUGCUUUUGGCGGCCGCCGAGGUAUCGGUGGCGUCGGAGUGCGCGGCGCGCCAGCUGGCGGACGGCGUGGUGUGCGUCUGCAACGCCACCUUCUGCGACGAGCCGGGUGUGCCGCAGCCGCCGCCGGCCGGCAGCCUGCUGCACGUGCUCACCUCCAAGGCGGGCGCCCGCUUCCAGGAGCAGGUCGUCCCCUUCCAGGAGGCCGGCCAGGCCGGCGACUCGGAGGCGGUCCUGUCGGUGAACCGCUCGGUGCGGUACCAGGAGGUGCACGGCUUCGGCGGCGCCAUGACCGACGCUGCGGGCCUCAACAUGGCGGCGCUCAGCGACGCUGCGCGGGAAAACCUGCUCAGGGCUUACUUCGCGCCGGAGGGCCUGCACUACAACAUGGCGCGCGUGCCCGCGGCGGGUACCGACUUCUCGACGCGCACCUACUCCUACGACGACGUGGAGAACGACACCAGCCUGGAGCACUUCAGCCUCGCCGACGAGGACCUGCUCUACAAGAUUCCAUACCUGCAGCACGCGCAGGACCUCAGAGGGGAGGAGCUGCUGCUGGUGGCGGCUGCCUGGAGCGCGCCCACCUGGAUGAAGACCAACGGCAAGUUCAACGGCGAGGGCAAGUUGUUCAGAGAGUACUGGCAGCUGUGGGCCGACUACCUGCUCAGGUUCGUGGAGGAGUACGCCUCGGUGGGGCUCCCCAUCUGGGUGCUAUCGGCGCAGAACGAGCCGACGGACGGCAACUCGGACUUCUGGUUCAACUGCAUGGGCUGGUCGGCGACGGAACAGCGAGACUGGGUGGCGCAGCACCUGGGGCCCACGCUGCAGGCCGCCGUCGCGCAGUCGCCGCCCGACGUCCUCGUCAUCGACGACCAGCGCUCCAUGCUCGACCGCUGGCCGCAGCAGAUCCUCACCAACGAGACGGUGACGCAGUACGCCAAGUUCGUGGGCGUCCACUGGUACACCGAUCAGUUCUCACCGGCCUCCAUGCUGGACGAUGUGCACCAGCUGUCACCCGAGACCCAGAUCCUCUACACCGAGGCCUGCAACGGACUGAGGGACAUGGGUGAAGUCGCUGUUCUCCUUGGUUCCUGGGAAAGAGGGGAGAAGUACGCCACGAGUAUUAUAGAGGUGCUAAAUCACUGGUCGACGGGCUGGCUGGACUGGAACCUGGCGCUGAACACGUCGGGCGGGCCCAACUGGGUGAACAACAACGUGGACUCGCCGGUGAUCGUGAACGCGACGGCGGACGAGUUCUACAAGCAGCCCAUGUUCUACGUGCUGGGCCACUUCUCGCGCUUCGUGACGCGCGGCUCGGUGCGGCUCCAGAUGGACGCGCAACUGCCGGCCGCCGCCUCGCUGGACAGCGUCGCCCUGGAGACGCCGCAGGGCCGCACCGUGCUCGUCCUCUCCAACAAGGCGACUGAGGAGGUGUCGGUGCGCGUGCGGGACCCUGCACUGGGGGAGGCUCUGCUGACGCUGCCUGCCAACUCCGUGAGCACCCUGCUCUACACGAGCAGCUGACGCAGACCACGUGGAUUCGAAAUAGCGACGGAGCAACUUGGUCCUCGUGAACUGUGAAAGGAAGGGAGAGAAAUAUAAAAGAGCUGAAUUAUUUCCUUUUGUGUUUAAUCCGCAAGUUUUGUCAAAUUCAAACUCGAACAGAUACAACAAUGUUACCAACUUCAUAGGCUAAUUAUUCAUUAAAAACUAUGCUUCAAGUA